AUGGCGUCUGCGGCCAGCCAGUGGGGGACCCUGAUCAAUCAGGAUAAAAGUCCAGCGCCGAUGCUGGAGCAGCUAUGUCUCGGCAUCGCACAGAUUAUGCACUCGUUCGACUCAAAUCCAACGACGGAUCUCACUCCAGACCGCCUCGCCGCGUUCUAUCGACGGGUGGGGGGCAACUACGAUCCACUCUUUCUGGAGACCAGACCUCAAGCCUUGUCGUUUAUCUAUCAGUCGCUCGGAUGUUUCCAUAGUCUGCAGCCAUCAACCAGUCCGUAUGAGCCCCCGGCCAUACCGUCGCUCUGCCCUAAUGGCUUCGUACGAUGGCAGACGAUCCAGCUGCUCAUGGAUCCGGAUGAGCACUGGCGUUUCUUGAACAACGCAGUCCAAGAGUGGAACAUUGUAGAUGCCAAGGGCGAAGCCUUUCCCAAGUCGAUCCCUCGCGAUGCCUUCCCCUCAGAACCUGACCCGGAGAUGCUGCAGUGGCAUGAAGGGGUCGCCAAACGACUUGAGCAUGAUUACAUCAAGAGAAAUGUCCAGCGUGCAUCGCCACCAAACUUUGGUCCAUUCCACUAUCACUUUAGUGGCAAGGAUCCCUUGCCGGAGGAAGAAGACUAUUUCUCACACCCUCCGCAUCGAACGAGCUCGCGACGCCACAAGUCCUCAACUUACUACGAAGCAGAUCGACCGAGUCGACGGAAGAGCUACCGGCGGCGAGACCAUUCCGACAGUUACGACGAAGCCAGUCGCCGACCAGAUUCCAAGUCGCACGCCAGACCUGAUGGCGGUCGCUCUGGCAUGUCGUCACCUCGACAUCGGUCUCCCGGGCCGUCGCCCUAUGCGGAUCGUCCUCUCCGGUCUCGAGGCCGUGACCACUCUGCAUGGCAUACCAGCCCCCUGAGCGGCGACAGGGAAGAUGCAACAUCCUCACGUCCGAGCCCUCACAGCCGGAGCCAUACCCACUCGCACUCUUACUCCUAUCCUCCAGAUGUGGAAGUCUCAGAUUCUCCCCCUCGCCAGCCUGCCCCAGACCCCAUGUCGAGACGUCGUUCUCAUCACCACCACAACUUAUCUCCUCCCCCCGACUCACGUGGACGUCGUCACUCACAUGACGCAUAUAUGCGAAAGCCCUACCGUGAUGUUUCUCCCACUGCGCCGAGGCGCUCCUUUGGGAGCCCAGAUCUUCACCCGUCCAAAUCCAGCAAAUCUCGGCACGAAGGACGAUCGCACUCUCGGCCUUCGCCUUCGGCAGACAUUCGUUUCAAAGAGCACCUGUUUGAUGGAUCAAUACCUGCACCAGUCCCGGAGACCCCACAGUACACGACCAUGCCCCCGCCGCGCUCUGUGCCGCGUCAACGAUUCAAUCUUGAUCCGGAAGAUGGCCGACGAGGCAGCUACAGCGGUGGUAGUACCGGUGGGAGUCAUCCGGGUAGUGGGGGAAGCAGCUCCGAGCGGCCUCGUUCUUACAGUGGUCCGGGAUUUCCUUCGCGAUCGUCUCGCAGAUCAAGUCCCGUGCGAAGUGCGGCCGCCAAGCGGUAUAUGCCACCGGGGAUGAUGGAUGAUGGUUUUUACACGACAUCCACACCUCGUCGGGUCCCUCUGUAUGAUUGA